ACCCUCCUCCCUUUUUGCCCCCAAUAACUUGCACUUAAAAAAAAAAAAAAACAAAACCGUUUCUAGAGCCUUCUAACUUUGGAAGAACCCUCCAGACUCCCACAAAGCAGCUUCUUCCCCUUUUUAUUUCCCUUUCCCCUCUUCCCCCUCGCAAUCUGUUCUCAACUCUCUCGAUCCAAAGCUUCAAUCUUUAUCUCUUAAUCUACCACUUUUAAUUUCUAGAUUCCUCUCGUUCAUGGCCAAGUACGGAGAAGGGGACAAGCGCUGGAUCGUAGAGGAUAGACCAGACGGCGCCAAUGUCCACAAUUGGCAUUGGGCCGAGACCGAUUGCUUGGAAUGGUCGCGGAGCCUCCUCUCCAAUCUUCUCUCUAAUCUCGUUAUCCUUGAUGGCGAAGGAAAUCUUUUCAUCAAGAUCAAGAAGAUCGAGAAGGUCGAUGGCGAAGCCUACGUCAAUGUUCGAAAGGGUAAAAACAUUCCAGGGUAUGAGCUUAAUGUCUCCCUUUCUUGGGAAGGUGAAGCUAAGGAUUCUGAUGGAAAAUCUUUGCUUAAGGUGGAUGGAUCCGUUGAGAUCCCGUAUAUUUCGGACGAGAAUGCUGACGAGGAUCCGGAAAUUAAGGUGACCAUUAAGGAUGAGGGCCCAGUUGGAAAGAGAUUGAAGGAAGCAAUGGUGGCUAAAGGAAAACCGGUGAUUGAAGAGAAAAUCAGGAUUUAUGUUCAAAGUAUGGCCAAGGGUGGACCUGCUAAGGAUGAAUUGGAAGCAAAGAAGGUCGCGCCCAAGGGGCAAUCUACGGCGGUAAAGGAGGCUGAGGCUGAUUCGGCGACCCCUGCAGCCGGAGAGAAGAAGGAGGUGAAGAAAGAAUCGAGUAAAGGGUUUAAGAAAGAAACAAAUAAAGGGUUUAAAACUAUAAGUAUGACGGAGAAGUUUAGUUGCAGAGCUAGGGAUAUGUAUGAGAUAUUGAUGGAUGAGAAUAGAUGGAAAGGUUUUACUCAGAGUAAUGCGAGAAUAAGUAAAGAAUUAGGAGGGGAGUUUAGUAUUUUUGAUGGGUCGGUGACAGGGACCAAUGUGGAGUUGCAGGAAGGUAAAAUAAUAGUGCAGAAGUGGAGGUUCGGGAGCUGGCCUGAUGGAAUUGUUUCAACGGUAAGACUUACUUUCGAUGAACCUGAACCUGGGCUUACUGUUAUCCAGCUUUUGCACACUGACAUUCCUGAGGAAGACAGAUAUGGGAAUGCAACUGUGGUGGAGAACACAGAGAGAGGAUGGCGGGAUCUUAUUUUCCACAGGAUACGGGCAGUUUUUGGUUUUGGCAUAUGAGUUACUUUGAUAUUUUCAACUAAGCGUAGAAUUUGUUUUUUACCAGGUUAUCUUUCUCUCAGCAAUGAAAUUCGAUUAAUGAAUGCUGGGAUUAUUUUAACUGUUUUUGGACUGUCCACGCAGUUGUAGUCUCUUGUGGAACUAAUCGUCUUGGCGCUCAUGUUUUCUAAUAACCAAAAUGCUUUGUUCAAUAUGAAAGUUCAAUACAAGUGACAGAAAAUGUGUACUAUCAAA